AUGGGCUACGCACAGUUAGUCAUUGGGCCGGCUGGCAGCGGAAAGUCUACCUACUGUUCUAGCUUGUAUCAACAUUGUGAAGCUGUGGGCCGAUCAAUUCAUGUUGUAAAUCUGGAUCCUGCUGCAGAGAAUUUCGACUAUCCUGUUGCAAUGGAUAUUAGGGAGCUCAUUUCUCUGGAGGAUGUUAUGGAGGAACUUGGAUUGGGUCCGAAUGGUGGUCUUUUAUACUGCAUGGAGCAUCUGGAAGAUAAUUUGGAUGAUUGGCUGACGGAAGAGUUGGAUAACUACAUGGAUGAUGAUUACUUAGUGUUCGACUGUCCAGGCCAGAUAGAACUCUUCUCCCAUGUACCAGUGCUUAAGAACUUUGUGGAGCAUUUAAGGCGAAAAAAUUUCAAUGUCUGUGCUGUAUACUUGCUUGAUUCACAGUUUAUAACAGAUGUGACCAAGUUCAUUAGUGGCUGUAUGGCAUCACUUUCUGCUAUGGUCCAACUAGAGCUACCUCACGUUAAUAUACUCUCCAAAAUGGAUCUUGUAACCAACAAAAAGGACAUUGAGAAUUACUUGGAUCCCGAGCCUCGGACGCUGUUGGCAGAGUUGAAUCAGCGCAUGGGCCCACAGUUUGGAAAGCUUAACAAAUCUUUGAUUGAAUUGGUGGACCAGUACAGCAUGGUGAGCUUCGUGCCUCUUGACCUGAGAAAAGAGAGCAGUAUUCAGUACAUUUUGUCGCAAAUUGACUGCUGCAUUCAGUACGGUGAAGACGCGGAUGUGAAAGUCAAGGAUUUCGACCCGGUGGAUGACGAUGAUUGA